AUGCGUGAUGAUAUGUUGAAUAUAAGACUAUUCUUAGUAUCCAUUUCAAGAUUCAUAUUUUUUGUUAUCUCUAUUUGUGAAGCAGGGCAUUAUACAUUUUUGAAAGAUGCAACACUAGCACCAACUUAUGCUACCUUCGACUAUAUAGUCAUCGGAGGAGGAACCUCAGGCUGUGCAUUAGCCGCAACGCUCUCUCAAAACGCCCGCGUUUUAGUUCUCGAACGUGGUGGCUCUCCUUAUGAUAAUCCAACGGCGAGUGACUUGGAAAACUUUGCUAACACACUCUUUAAUAUCACACCAAACUCGUGGUCACAGCUUUUCAUCUCCGAGGAUGGCGUUUACAACAUACGACCACGUGUCCUCGGUGGAGGCUCGGUGAUCAACGCCGGAUUCUACACACGUGCGGGAGAUGAAUACGUGGAGGAUGCUGAGUGGGAGCGCGAGGAAGUGAAAGCUGCUUACGAAUGGGUCGAGAAGAAACUUGUGUUCGAGCCACGUGUGAUGGGAUGGCAAACAGCGUUUAGAGAUGGGCUUUUGGAGGCUGGUGUGAUUCCAAACAAUAGUUUCACGUAUGAUCAUAUUUACGGGACUAAGAUCGGUGGUACGAUCUUUGACAGUGCCGGUCAUCGACACACAGCGGCGAAUCUGUUGGAGUAUGCUAACCCAGAUAAUAUUGUUGUAUACUUGCAUGCAUCUGUCCAGAAGAUUCUCUUCACCAAAACAGGCCGCCUGAGACCAAAAGCGUACGGAGUGAUGUUUCAUGACACAAAUGGAGUGCUCCACAAGGUAGAAUUAGCAAAUAACCCAAUGAAUGAAGUAAUCUUGUCGGCUGGAGCAAUAGGCAGCCCCCAACUAUUGAUGCUGAGCGGCGUGGGUCCUAUGGCUCAUCUUGCAGCUCACGGGGUUGAACCGGUGGUCUUAGAUCACCCAAUGGUUGGCAAAGGGAUGGGCGACAAUCCCAUGAAUCCCAUCUAUAUUCCUUCUCCUACACCCGGAGAAAUGUCCCUUGUACAAGCUGUUGGUAUCACUAAGUUUGAUAGUUACAUCGAAGGAUCAAAUAACAUGACCCUCUCUUUUGAUUUGACCCGUAAGUUUCUCGAUAGUGUUUUACAUGUUUUGAACAAGACAAACCGUACUACAUCGACGAAAAUCUUAACCCAACCCAUUGUAGACUUAUUAAAAUCAUUGGAUCGUGGAUUUAAAGAUAUGAAAACUGUGAAUGUGAUGUUUCAAAAAGUGGCGGGACCAGCCUCGAGGGGUCACAUGGAGCUUCGGAACAUGAAUCCAGACGAUAACCCUUCGGUGACAUUCAAUUACUAUCAAGAACCAGAGGAUUUGAACACGUGUGUCGAAGGACUUAAAACGAUUAUUAAAGUGAUAGAUUCGAAAGCCUUCUCUAAGUACAAAUACCCUGGUGUGACCGCACGUGGGCUGUUCAAGCUCAUGUUGGGCAUUCCCACUAAUCUGAGGCCGAGGCAUGUGACCUCAGUGUUCAACUUGAAGCAGUUUUGCAUCGACACUGUGGUGACUGUUUGGCAUUACCAUGGAGGUUGUCAAGUUGGAAAAGUGGUUGACAAGAAUUACAAGGUUUUAGGCGUUGAUGCUUUGAGGGUUAUCGAUGGAUCCACGUUUCUUAAGUCUCCGGGGACUAAUCCUCAAGCUACGGUUAUGAUGCUAGGAAGGUACAUGGGGCAGAAAAUUCUUAAAGAGAGGGCGGCGUUCUUCAAAAAUCAGGAAGAAGUAUGA